AUGAGUUCCUCCUCGGUGCGCAAGAGCGAGUCCAAGACGUCCUUACUGCGGACGGGCGGCGGCGGGAGCGGCAGGCGGGCGCCCAGCGAGCCGCAGCCGCGCAGCUCCGGGGGCCGCACGGAAGGCAGCCCCGAGCCCAGCGCCAGGAGGCCCCUGUGCCACCCAGGAGCCGGCGCCACAGUCUCCUCCAACGGCAGCUUGAGGAGGCACCAGCAGCAGCAGAAUCGCCUGGGGGAGCCCGACGAGGCGGAGGCGGCUCCGCGGAGACGCGGGAGCGGCCGGGCGCGCGGCUCCUCUCGGAGUGCCAGCCAGGAGGCGGAGAGCGACGGGGUAGCGACGGCGGGUCGGGGGCAGGACUUGGGCGGCAAACGAGCCAGCCGAGAGUCCCUCCAGCUGCCCGACGGAGCGUCCCCCAAAGGCACCUCCGGCGGCAGCGGAGGCGGCGGCAGCAGCAAGAGCUCCGCCGCCUCCAAACCCGGCGCGGAAGUCGACCCACUCUUCCACCAGCUCCACCCCAUCCUCAGCUCGGUCUUUGGCCAGGUAAGGGGCCCUUCGUCCCUCCUCUAACUCCGCUGCCCCCUCCUUGCCACUCCUCUCUUUCCUGCGCUUCCUUUUGGGACGGGAUGCGGGGUUGGGGAGGAGAGAGCUCGGAAACUUCUGGCUGGAAAUGCGCUGCUUCGGGGCUGCCUGGCAGGAAACUCCAGCGGAGCUAUGCUGGAAGGGAAGGAGGGGGCGAGAGGGGGCGAAAACAGACGCUGGAGCUGCUUCUCUUCCUCCUCCCUGCAAAGCCCCCACUCCAAAUUCUCCUGGAGUCCUCCCUGUGCACCUUUCCCCAGGUUCUCAGGAGGAAGCAACCGCCGGGUCAGAAGUGUGCGUGCGCGAGAGCACCGGUAAAGUGAUGCAAGGCAACCGCCGGGUCAGAGGUUUGCGCGCGGGAGAGCACCGGUAA